AUGGGCCUCAGCACUGACGUUAAAGGAGUUCAAACUCUAGGCUUGUACUCACUUGGCCAAACAUGCUGGCGCUAUGCCGUUAGCAGCCUUAACGACGUGGAAUAUGGGCGAUUCGAUAUGUUCGCUGUUUUGGUAGAUAGAACCUACGGCAUGCCAAGCCCUGCCUUCCCAUCAUCGAAAGGCAACUCAUCUCUGUACUUAAACAUCAAACAGAUAAUCAACCCUCACCUGCACUUCUGA